AAAUGAAGCGACAUUUUAUUGUGAAAGUUACUAAGGAACCUUUUCCUCCUCGUUUCAAACCAGCUCUGCGGGUUAUGGGUUUCACCGAGAGGAUCGACUGAGCAACAGGAAGGUGUUUUUUAUACAAACAGAGCAUUAAUGCUGACUGUAAACCGUUUUUUUAUCCACCAGAUGCUGAUUUAAACCCCGAGAGUUUAAACAUUUUACUUUCUGUUCUGGAAGUGUAAAACCAAAGAACUACCGCGCCCAUCAAACUCUGAAAAACUUCCACUUUUCUGGUUCCCAGCGCUAUUUUUUCUAAUAUGCAAACUAAAAACUUUAAUGAGAUCUUCAGAGGGUUGAAGGAUGUGGCUCCCGUUGUCACCAGUGGAACUCUCCUAGUGGUUCUGUCCUCCUGUGUUUGGUUUGGCGUCCAGACCUAUCUCAGCCUGCCUCAGGACAGCCUCAGCAUCGGAGCAACAGUUUUCCAAAGCGGCCAUAUCCACCGCCUCUUUCUGUACCCCUUUCACCACCGAACCCUCCCUCAGCUCCUCCUGAGCAUCACUGCGCUGCUGUUUCUAUGUGGCAGUGUAGAGAAAGGGUACGGCACGGUUCGCUUCCUGUUCCUCUUCCUCCUGCUUGCCUCCAUUACAGGUGUGUUUUACAGUUUCUUGGAUGUUCUGCAGGAUGUCAGCAUGCACACCGAGGGUCUGCUGCCAGUGAUCCUGGCCUGUGUGGCCCUGACCACCCUACACACAAAGAUGACCAAAGGUUUUCUCUGCGGGGUCAGUCUUCCUGCAGUGGCCCUCCCCUGGGUGCUCCUCAUCAUCUGCACCGCCCUGAUCCCUCACAGUGUGCUUCUCUGCAAUGUUAUCGCCAUACUAGUCGGCUGGGUGUAUGGGAAAGGUUGGCUGUCUCCUGUAGACAUGUCUGAGUCCAGGGCUGCCAUUCUGGAGAAGAUCCAGCCGUUUAAGUUGUUGAGGAGCAUCAGUGGUGCCAUGUUUGUCCCUGCAUCCUCGCAGGAGAGGAGGAAGACCCUGCUUCCACAAAUAAAUCCCACUCCUGGAUCAUACCCAGUUCAAGCUUAUGCAGUGUUGCCCAGCAUUAGCUCUGCUGGCACCCCAGCCACAAUGUAUGAAGGCUGGCCACACUCGGCCAGCUUGAUACCGCCUCACAGUCCUCAUGGACACCCUUCAGCACACAGUAUUGGACACAACCAUGGACAUUUGUCAGGCCAAAGUGUGGGACACACCUGUAACCACAGUCAUAGUCAUGGACCUAAACACUAGUUGUGUUUUUGUAUUUGAUGGCUUGAGGAGACUUCUUUGUCUUUCAUUGUUUCAUGUUGCAGCAUCUAAAGUGAAGGACUUUGUAAUAUUUAAGCUUUUUAUAAAUGUGUUUCUGCGUAAAAAUGGUUUUACUUUCUUCUGUAACUUUAUACUGUCAGAAAUAAAUCCAUAUUUUAAAAUGCUUCUAAUUGUAAAUAUGAUCAGAUGGGUGAUUAAAGUAUCACACUAUA